CCAGCCCAGCCAUGGUGGCAAUGGGGGCGUCAUUUGCUUCCAAAACAACAAUGGACCUAUUCAAUUAGAUCCAUGGUGGUUUCAAAGAUGAAUUUCAGCUCUCCAAAUUUCUUUUGUGGCAUUUGCGGUGGCGGGGGCAAAUAAGUUAUUUUAUAUGUAAACCUUGUUAGCUGAAAGAAAAGGAGGAUAGCUCAGCUGCCAAGUCAGAACAAAUAAGUUAAAAGAAGUUAGAGAGAUGGGAGCAUUUUUGUUCACCAUCAUUUAGUGUGGUAUAUGAUCACCAUCUUAUUUAUUAUCAUUAAAUGAGUUUGAAUUUCAAAAUUCGUAUCGUAGAUAGGCACAUUAAAUAAAAUGGUCAACAUACACCAUAUGAAGUUAGUAAGGGUGGUUAGUAGUGUAAUGAGUAAGAAACAAUAGCCUAUAAAUACAAGGCUAGCAGAUUGUAAUUGUAUCGAAUUCAUUCCUUCUGAACACAAUCUACUUUCUCUCUCAUUGCUUCUCUCUCUUCGAUACUUUCAUUCUUUACAUUUCUGUGCUUCUGCAUUUCUUGUAAACCUUCAUUUCUUCUGCUUUCUUGGUGCUGUUAAUAUGGUAUCAUCGCCGAGGAACGAUGUCAUGAUUCUUCCGCUGUAAUUUUCUGCAAGUGCUGGGAUUUCUGUGGUGUUUUCUGAAUUGCUGGCGUAGACGACUAUCAGGUGUUACGAAGGAGAUCACUGAUGCUUAUAAAAGCUGUUAAAAAGGAUUUGGCAUUGCUUAGUCUGCUAAUGGCAACUUUAUCUGAUGAUGCAAUGGAACACAUUAUUGGUUGUAAAACUCCUCAAGAAGCAUGGACAUGCUUGCAAGAUAGAUUUGCUUUGGUGUCUGUUGCAAGGAUUAAUCAGUUAAAGACUGAGUUCUACACUGCACAGAAGGGAGCAGAUUCAGUUGAUAAGUUCUUAAUGCGAUUGAAGUCUAUUCGAGAUCAACUUGUUUCUGCAGGGGAAAAAGUUUCAGAUAAUGAUCUGAUUAUAGCUGCGCUGACAGGAUUACCACAAGAGUUUGAUAUGAUAAGAACUGUGAUCUUGGCAAGAGAGACAUCGAUUUCUGUGAAGGAUUUUGGAGCACAGUUGUUAAGUGCAGAAUUGGCUAAUGAAUCCAGAAUUUCUUCUUUAACUAAUUCUAUGUCUGCAAUGUAUGUACAUGGUGAAAGCUCUAAUUCAAGGAGUAAUGGAGGUCAUGGAAGGUAUCAAGGGGACAGCUCAAACAUGGGAUCUGGCAGUUAUCAAGGAAGUUCAAAUCAAAGGCCUUACUCUUCUCAGAACAAAGGGUCCUAUAAUUCUAACAGAUAUGCCUCUGGAAACAAUUUCACAAGGCCAUAUUUUGGAAAUCAAUAAAAGGCAAUAAUAGUUUCAAUCAAUCUGGGUUUAAUAGUUCUACUGGGUCUACUUCUACUAAUGGUCCUAAACAGGAUCAUGAUUGAUUACCGGACGUUCCAGAAGUAAACAACUUAGAGUCCCAUUCGUCGUAUUUUCCUAGUAUGACAAGAGUUCUACUCCACAAUGAGGCUUCUGGACCAAGCUGGUUUAGUUGCACCGAGAUAUCCUCGAGUUCUCCAGACAAAAACAUGGCAGCAAAUAUGAGCAGAGCUACCAUUGAAAAACCCGAUAGAAAUGAGAAAGAGGCUCCAAAAGCUUCCAAGGCUGAGACUAUUGGAAGAGAUCAAACUGUUGGAGUCUGCACAACAUGAGUUGAUUUUUAUGGAGCCAAUCAAGCAAGCCCAAAUUGACAAGAAAUUUAGUGGAUAUGCUCAGUCACCUGAGAUGCUGAAUGCCAUGAAAUGGGUGCAAUUGGUACAUCUUACUCUAUCUCUUGCCAUCCUUAAUUCAAUCUAUCUACCACAGGAGUUGGUGGUUGGUGAUGCACAAGGCCAAUAGUUCUCUUACUCAACGCUGUCAAGAUCAGUGUGCUCCAACUAUUUUAUGAAUUCAUUUUGGCAGGAUAUCUGUUACUGAUAUUUGUCUUUUGGGUGACCACAAUGGAGAUGCUUUGGAAGAACAUGAUUCGGGAUUAAAGACCAUACAGAAGUUAAUACUGGCGAUGUGUAUGGUACACGGGUUGAAAAUUUGGCUGCUUUCUUUCCCAGACUGUUCCAUGCUUCUUUCUCGGUUUGAGUCUUGAGAGGCUUGAGGACAAGCCUCUGUAAAACAUAUUCUGAAAUCACAACAACAAGACAUUAGGAUCACGAAUAAAUCAAAUCAAUAUAAAAUAGAGAUUGACUAAUUAUAUUAAACUUAUCUGUAGAAUACAGAACACUUGGUUAUGAAGAUGAAGCCAUUGAUCCUCGAGAACAAGGUAGAAGUAGUCUUCUACUUCCAGUACCUCUCAAUGAACUCUACUAUCGAAAUACGCUUGUAGUUUUCGUGAGUUUCAGUUGCUAUGGAAGCAGGGACUGCUCCUUGGUUAUAUAGCUAGGGUUUCAACCAACUCCUCCCUAUUAUCGGAAAUGAUAUCAACCUAAAUCAUAUCUAAUCAAUUAGAGUCCCAUCAUGACUCUUAUUCCUUGUAUUUACUUAAUAAAGGUCCAUAAUUGAUUGCAUGUAAUUAGGACUCCAAUAUGUUCAUUUCCUUAAGGCGUCGAGAGUCCUAGAGAUUUCAUUAACUUGAUUGCCAAGUCAACUAUUCCCUCAAUUACUCUCCGCAUAAUUAUUCAUGAUCCUAAUGUCUUGUUAUGAUUUUAGAGUAUGUUUUACAGCCUCGUGUUAAAAGGUACGAUUGAUGUGACUCUAAGUUACUGGGCUUCUGUUAGGAGCAAUUGGAUCACCUAUUGUUAUUGUUAUCUAUUAGACCCAUUAUAUAUGUAAUACCAUUAGGCUUAUCUACAUAUCAACUCUACUAUCUUAAGAUGUAUUUAAACCCUUUUCUGAUGUAAAGAUGACUACGAAUGAAAUGAUAUGAAUUUAUUUUAAUUUC